AUGGCUUUAAGUUCAGCAUUUUCGAUUAUUUGGUUGGAUGCUCAUAUUGGUUUAAAUGAUCAAUGUAGAGAUUUAAAAAAAUUAUUUCAAGCAGAACUUGCACCAGCUGCAGCAGAAUUUCCAAUUCCAAUAGAUCCUAUUGAUCAAAUGAUAUGUUGUAUAAGAGAAUUAGCUGCACCGAUUUCAUUUGCAUCGUUAAUAGAAGAUGCAUUAGAACUUAUUGAUACACAUUUAUAUAAUCAAAAAAAAGUUAUAUUAAUUACAUCAGCUACAUUAGGAAAAAAUAUUAUUCCUGAAAUUCAACAACGAGAUUUUCCUAUUCAUACCUAUUACAUAUUUUGUGGUUGUAUUAAAAAUCAUAUUGAAUGGGUUUUCGAAUAUCUUGAACAAGGUAUUGAAAUACAAAUGUUUGAUUUUGAAAUUGAUCUUUUAUUACGUUUAUCAAGAGACUUAAGUAAUGAAUUAAUUGAACAAGGCAAAAAAUUAUUGGCUAAUAAUCCUCAAUCAGCUUUGAAUUAUUUUGAAUGUGCUCGUGCAUUAGCUGAAAAAGCUGUUGAACGUGAUGCACCCAGAAAUGAACGCGAUUUGCAUCGUCCAUCGACUAAACAUCGAGAUAUAUUAGAUGGUGAGGAUGGUCUUAUUGCACAAGCUACACGAGCAUGUAAUGGCCGUAGUUGA